UAUUGGGCUCGGUUGACUAUUAUAUAACAUAGACGCAGACUGAACGCCUCCAUUCUGGGUUCUUUUCAUCUUAACCUAAUUCCGGUCUGAUUCUGAACCAUCCUUCGACCUUCUUCUCGGAAUCAAUCAUCAAAACUAAUCGAUGCCUUUGUUACAGCGAUUGAGCGGCUAAAGGGUUCCAGAACUUCUUCUGCAGGGAUCAUUUCCAGUCCACAGAAGUUAAUCAAAAGUGCAAGAUGUCCACAAAGAGAAUUAUAACUAUAUGUCAGUCUGGUGGUGAGUUUAAGACGGAUGAAUCUGGGUCUUUAUCGUACAGCGGAGGGGUGGCUUAUGCAGUGGAUAUUAAUCAGGAAACGAAAUUAAAAGCUUUCAGGAAGGAACUGGUUGAAACAUUUGGCUGUACUCUUGAUCGCAUGUCUAUCAAGUACUUCCUUCCUGAAAACGAUAAGACUCUGGUAUCAAUCUCCAAGGAUAAGGACCUGGAGAGUAUGCUAAAUCUCUUUGAGGACUCUGACCAAGUCAAUGUAUUUGUCACGCAAGAAGAAUGCAGCGCGCCAAAAGUAUCAAAAAAGCCUGUCAAAAGGUCAAAGAACAUAGCUGUAUCUGAAGAUAUUGUUCCUACUCUGAUGAUACCUUCUACCAGCAAUACUGAAGUUAAUGUCCCAAUUGAUAUGGACAACCCAAUUGCAACAUCACCUUUUGACAAUAUUAUUGACAUAGACAUUGUAGACAGUCAAACCAAACUUGCCAAUGAAUCAGGUGCUGAAAUUAUUAGUGUUGGUCAAAGAUUCCGUAGUUUCUCAGAAUUUCGUGAAGCUUUGCUGAGGUACUCUAUUGCUCAUGGGUUUAUUUUUCGAUAUAAGAAAAACGACAGCUACCGCAUAAGUGCCAGAUGCAAAUAUGAAGGUUGUCCAUGGAGGAUAUAUGCAUCUAGGGUGGCCUCCACUACCCAAUUGUUUUGCAUUAAGAAAAUGAAUCCAAAUCAUCUGUGUGAAAGAGCUGAUUCAAGAACUGGCUAUAGGGCAUCUAAGGGCUGGGUUGGAAGUAUAGUGAAAGAGAAACUGAAAACCUCCACACAUUUCAAGGCUAAGGAUAUUGCCACCAUCAUUGAAAAGGAAUACGGAGUGGUACUGAACCCUGCUCAGGCAAAUCGUGCAAAAUUGCUGGCCAAGGAGGAACUUUCACGCUCAUAUGAAGAUGCGUAUAAUCAGCUGCCUUACUUGUGUGAAAAAAUAUUAGAAUCUAAUCCAGGUAGCAUUGCUGCAUUAGCCAUAAGAGAGAAUUCAAGCUUCCUGGGGGUCUUUGUUUCAUUUCACGCCUUGAUUUCUGGUUUCCAGCUAGGUUGCCGUCCUUUGAUCUUUAUUGACAGCAUCCCUUUGCGAUCAAAAUACCAAGGGGUGCUAAUAGUUGCUUCGGCUCCUGAUGGUGAUGACGGUAUUUUUCCAGUUGCAUUUUCUGUUGUAGAUGUUGAGAGUGAGGAGAAUUGGCUUUGGUUCAUUAUGGAGUUAAAAUCUGCUUUGUCAACAUCCCAUCCGAUCACAUUUGUUGCUGAUUUCAGGAGGGGUUUGAGAGAAGCCAUUAAUCAGAUGUUUGACAAUGGCCAACAUGGGUUUUGUAUUCGUCAUCUUGUUGAUAAACUCAAUGAAGAUAUAAAAGACCUCCCACAUGAAACUAGGAGUAUUGUGAAUCAAUAUAUUUUUAGUGCUGCUUAUACUCCGACUGUUGAUACUUUUCGACAAUACAUUGAGAAGAUAGAAUCUGUAUCACCUGAAGUCUAUAAUUGGGUAGUACAGAGUGAAGUUCAUCAUUGGGCAAAUGCUUUCUUUACAGGAGCCCGAUAUAACCAUUUAACAUGUGAUUUCGGGAGGAUAAUCUAUAGCUGGGUUGCUGAUGCUCAUGAGUUUCCGAUAACGCAGUUACUUGAUGUUUUGAUAAACAAGACGAUGGAGUUAGUUUAUACUCGCAGGGCUGAUUCCAGUAAGUGGAUAACUAAGCUAACUCCAUCCAUGGAAGAAAAGCUAAAAUGUGAGAUUUCGAAAAUCAGCUCACUUCAAGUGUUUCUUUCACAUGAUGACAUAUAUGAAGUUCAUGGUGAGUCUGUUGACGUUGUUGAUAUUGAACAUUGGGACUGUAGUUGCAGGGGUUGGCAGCUUACAGGGUUCCCUUGUUCCCAUGCUAUUGCUGUUCUUGAGUUUCUUGGAAGGGAUCUUUAUUCUUACUGCUCAAAGUACUUUACUGUUGAAAGUUACUGCCUAACCUAUGCCGAAUCGGUUCACCCAAUCCCAAUCAUGGAAAAAACGGAACAAAGCAAGCCUUCUACUGGAACAAUCCUGGUUACUCCUCCCACCAAACGGUCGUCGCUGAAAAGAUUGGAACAGAAUAGUCUUUCUCAAGUUGCUGCAGCAACCAAACGAAAGCGUAAGAAGAAGCAGUCAGCAUCCCUUGAACUGAGCAAACGGCAGUUCAAGUGCAGUAGAUGCAAGGGAUUGGGGCACAAUAAGAAAACAUGCAGUGCCUCAAACAGCGACUCAUCAUCGGAGGAGGAUGGCCUGGACAUAGAACUGCUCACAAACAAAGAUACAUUUUUCCCUACAUUUGGUAGCUGAUUGAUCCCCCUUAGUGUCUUCUUCGUCUAUAACUGUUAGCAGACUUUUCUUUAUUUGGGUGGGGUGGGGGGAUGUAAAUUAUAACUGGUUUAUGCUGCAUCAUAUCAUGGAUUGAAUUCAAUUUUUCAUUA